GGAAGCACAAAACCCGGUCUAUAAAAAUAAAUGAAAACCAUAGCUUUCCUGCUGCGUUUUUUUCCUACAACUAUUGAUAAAAAUCCCUCCGGCGAUGGCUGACCCACCGCCUGCGGCGCCGCCGCCGCUGGACCUUGGGGACCUGAGGGCCGUCGCUGUCCUCGGCCGCGGCGCCAAGGGCGUCGUCUUCCUCGUCCGCUCCCCUUCCUCCCCCGAGGCCCUCGCCCUCAAGGCCAUCUCCCGCUCCUCCAUCGAGCAGAAGAACGCCGCCGACGCCUACCGCCGGAUCUGGUUUGAGCGCGACGUCCUCCUAGCCCUCCGCCAUCCCUUGCUUCCUUCCCUUCGUGGCGUCGUUUCCACCGACAAGAUCGUUGGGUUCGUCAUCGAGCGCUGCUCCGGCGGCGAUCUCAACUCGAUCCGCCGGCGGCAGACGGAGAAGAUGUUCUCCGACGAUGUCAUCCGGUUCUACGCGGCGGAGCUGGUGCUCGCGUUGGAGUAUUUGCACGGAUUGGGGAUCGUCUACAGAGAUCUGAAGCCCGAGAACGUUUUGAUCCAAGAAAACGGCCACCUGAUGCUCGUCGACUUCGACCUUUCCACCAAACUCCCAGCGAAAUCGCUGGAGUCUCUCAAACCUUCCGCCAAGAAACCCGACCCUCCCCUCCGCCAUCCUCCGCCACCACCGCCUUCGGCUCCCGCAAAGAAGAAGUGCUUCCCGGGUUGCUUCUCUUGCAAUGCUGGCGUGUCGCCCGAGAGCUCCGACUCGCCGCGGGGCUCCGAAGCCGUCGUCGAGUCUACCCCGAAGCCGUCGUCGGCGUCGGGGAAGUUGAACUCGUUCGUCGGGACGGAGGACUACGUGGCACCGGAGAUCAUCCGAGGCGACGGCCACGAUUUCGCCGUCGACCGGUGGAGCCUUGGCGUCGUCCUCUACGAGAUGCUGUACGGCCGGACGCCGUUCCGAGGGCAAAACCGGAAGGAAACUUUCUACCGGAUCCUAACGAUGGAACCAGAGCUGACGGGGGAGCAGACGCCGUUACGCGAUUUGUUACGCCGUCUUCUCGAGAAGGACCCCGGUAGAAGAAUCUCGCUCGACGGCGUCAAGCGGCACGAAUUUUUCAGAGGGAUAGACUGGGAAUCCGUCCUCCAGAUAUCGCGGCCCCCGUAUAUUCCGGCGGGGCCUAAUGUGGAAGCGGAGGGCGCGGAGGGAAAUAACCCGAUCGACGUAGAAAAGCUGGUACAAGAGGUAUUCUGUAACGGUGACGGUAACGGAAAUGCCGCCGGGGCGGCGAGGGAUAAAAGCUCGGAGGGGAACCGGGAGGAAGGAUCUCUUUCUGGUUUUUCUGUUUUUUGAUAUAUUUUCGGUGGAAGAGAAAUCUUUCUCUUUAUUAUAAUUUUUGGUUAAUCAUUAUUCUUCUAAUAGAGAGAGAAAACUGCAACAAGUUACUAAGUUAGGAACGUAACAAGAUAAUGUUCUUGUUAUUUUUUUUACUAGUCUUUGCUAUUAAUUGUACAGAUAAGGGAAAUUAAAUAUUUGUAAUGAUAAUGUAAAAAUAAUUAGCCUA